UUAUGUAGCGAAAUAUUUACCGGUUUGUGCGGAAUAGUAGACGAUGCUACCUGAGAAGCUAAUUUUUGAAAUAUCAUGCAAACAAGGGGCACUUCGAGCUGUUAGAUUUAAUUGUGAUGGAAACUACUGCUUGACAUGUGGGAGUGAUAAAUCGGUGAAAUUAUGGAAUCCCCACCGGAACGUCCUUUUGAAGACUUACCAUGUACACGCCUAUGAAGUUCUAGAUGCUCAGUCGUCUAGUGACAAUAGCCAGAUCUGCUCCUGUGGCAUGGACAAAUAUGUUUGUCUCACAGAUGUAGCAACAGGGAAGUCGCUUAGGAAGUACAGAGGGCAUGCUGGGAUUGUAAAUUGUGUGAAGUAUAAUGAAGAAUCAUCUGUCAUUUUAUCUGGAUCAACAGACAACUCUGUCAGGAUUUGGGAUUGUAAAAGUAGAAAACUAGAACCUGUGCAGAUUUUGGAUGAAGCUAAGGACAGUGUCACUUCUAUACAAGUGUCUGACCACGAGAUCCUCACAGGCUCUGCUGAUGGUUACUUCAGGCGUUAUGAUCUCAGAACAGGGAAAAUGCAUGCUGACUUCAUUGGAAAGGCUGUGUCAUCUGUAAGUUUUACAAAGGAUGGACAGUGUGUUCUAGCAAGUACUCUUGAUGGUUCCUUAAAGCUGAUGGAUAAAGACACUGGUGAAAUGCUAAAUGAGUAUACAGGACACAAGAAUCAAGACUACAAAAUUGACAGCACACUGAAUGGCCAGGAUACGCAUGUUAUAAGUGGAUCAGAGGAUGGGCUGGUGUACUACUGGGACCUGGUGGAGGCCAAAGUAGUCCACAAGCUGGACCACUCCACCACUCGGGCCGUCCACUCCUUGUCCCACCACCCCGAGGAAGUGUGUCUGUUGACUGCUUGUGGGGACAAGAUGUAUGUGUGGAAGGACAGACAUGCUCAGAGCCAGGCCACAUUUCACCACCCAAAGAUGGAAUUUCAUCCAGAGUCUAAUGCUGUGGUAAACAAAUGUGAUGCACCGUACAGAAAUGAUCUUAGCUUACCGCAGGUUUCAACAGUUGUUAAGUUUGAUGUCCAAAGAUCCACGGGUUUGCUUGUCAUCGGAGGAAAAUGUUGCUGCAUAUACCCCGUUACAAAAUGUCUUGAGAAAAUCAUGAAGAUCGACGGUCUGUGUGUUUUGAUGUUUCUGGUGUUCGGGCUCCUGGAAGUUGACUGUCGAAAAGUCAGCAAAGGGAUGGAAUUCAUUAAGUCUCCAAAAAAUGCCACUGUAGAAGAAGAUCAAGGACAUUCAUUUCACUGCAACAUAAAACGACCCAAGGGAUGCUCAAGGAGAAAGGUCAAGGUUAAAUGGUACCAUAAUGGCAGCAAGUUAAUGAAGAAAGAUGAGAAAGGAAGAAAUUUUAAAAUAAAGAGAUCUGGAGCUGUUCUUCGUUUUGACAACAUCAGAAUGGAUAACGAUGGUGCAUAUUACUGUAUAGUUAACUGUGUUUGCUGCAAUGGUUCCUCAGGCACUACCAUGAGAGCCAAAUCAGAAAAGGCAUACCUAAAAGUGGAAGUUCCUGUAAAGUUCAUUCAGAAGCACCCUAUUGAUCGGCACGUGAUGUAUGGAGUCUCUCUACAACUUUUGUGUAAAAUAAAGGGAAUCCCUGCCCCAGAAUUAGAGUGGCUGGACAAAAAUGACACAGUGCUGAAUUCCUCAGAGAUAAGUGGACUAACUAUCAUUACUUCAAAAGAACCCGAGAUGCAGGAGUCCGUCUUAAGCAUACAAGCUGUUACCACCAAUUUGACCUUUAAAUGUCGGGGCAAGAACCAUCUGACCAGUGGACUCAAGGUCAAAACAAGGGAGGCCCAGGUAGUGGUUUUAACACCACAAAUCAAUGACAGAGUCAGUCCUGUGCCAGAAAGGUCCCAUGGAACAUGUGGUCGUUACAAUGGAACAUUUUGUAAGGAUGUUUUGGGAAAUAGUGUGAUCUUUUUCAAUGCUUCCUAUGGUAAUCCAUCUCUUGAUCAAGAGUCUCAGGUGAAGGAAUUGAUGGAUGGAGUUUUGUCGUCCAUGGUGAGGAAACCUGCCUGUAAAGAUGCAGCCCUCAAAGUCUUCUGUAACUAUGCCUUCCCAGGAUGCACUGAGGAGACUGGAAAGGCACAACCCAUCCACCUCUGCAAUGAGAGUUGCUUGGCUGUGAGAGAUUUGCUGUGCUUUGACCAGUGGAAUGAAAUGAAAGCAGCCAGAAAAAGCAGCAUUCCUCUCCCAGACUGUAACCGGUUGACGAGCAAAUAUGACAAUGCCUCGCAGUGUAUUGAUGGCAAAAUUUUUCACAAGGAACCCAGUCAAGUAACAAAUAAGUGCUACAUGGGCACUGGACAGUGGUACAAUGGGACGGUGAACGUUACGAAGUCGGGGAUUCCCUGUCAACCAUGGGACAGUCAGCAGCCUCACUCUCACCAACGCCCUCCGUCAGUGUUUCCCAGCCUUCAGGGAGCAGAAAACUAUUGCAGGAAUCCAGGUUCAGAGGAGGACCAACCUUGGUGUUACACUGUCAACAUUUUGCAAAGAUGGGAACUCUGUGAUAUUCCCAAAUGUCAUGUAGAGAUCGUCCCUCUGGAGAUGCCAGCAACCCAGGACUUCACUGUCAUCAUCAUCAUCAUCGCCAUUGUCAUUGCCCUGGUUGUUUUUGUCUCAAUUCUAAUGGGUGUGCUCUGUUGUCAGAUCUCAAGGCAACGAAAACAUGUUAAGUACAACAGCACACCACAGGAUGACCUGGACAUUGACAUCGAUAAACUUCCGGCAAACUCUUGUUACCACAAACUCUCUGAGUGUUCUAAAAUUAACCCCAAACUUCAGGGUAUGGAAUAUCCUAGAAAUGAUAUUGUGUACAUCAGGGACAUAGGACAGGGAGCUUUUGGGAGGGUGUUCAAGGCUAGAGUCCCUAAUAUUGUCGAAGGUGAAUCGGAAUCUCUGAUUGCUGUGAAAAUGUUGAAGGAAGAUGCUUCGGAUGAAUUACAGCAAGAUUUUCAGCGUGAAGCAUCAUUGAUGGUAGAAUUUGAUCAUCCAAAUAUUGUGAAACUCUUGGGGGUUUGUGCAAUAGGUAAUCCAAUGUGUUUAUUGUUUGAGUAUAUGAAGAAAGGUGAUUUGAAUGAAUUUCUUCGCCUCAACAGCUGUGACAAUUACAUUAUAAGGCGUCACAGCAUGGACAUUUAUUCGCAACAAAAACCGUCAUUAAACACUUCUGACCAGCUGUAUAUUGCAAAGCAGUUGGCGUGUGGAAUGGUGUAUUUGUCUGAAAAAGGAUAUGUGCAUCGAGACUUGGCCACCAGAAAUUGUUUAGUAGGGGAUGACCUGGAGGUCAAGAUUUCUGACUUUGGACUGGCAAGAAGCAUUCAUUCAUUAGAGUAUUAUCGUGGAAGUGAACAUGAUGCAAUACCUAUUCGUUGGAUGCCCCCAGAAUCUAUUCUUUACAAUAAGUUUACUGUUCAAUCAGAUGUGUGGUCAUUUGGCGUUUUGCUUUGGGAACUGUUUUCCUUUGCACUACAACCUUAUUAUGGUAUGACACAUGAAGAAGUUGUUCAGUUUGUAAAAGAAGGAAAGGUGCUAGCUUGUCCUGAAAAUACCCCCAAACAAGUGUAUGACUUAAUGAAAAUGUGCUGGAACUCUAAACCAACUUCAAGACCUCUCUUCCAGCAUUUACAGAAGUGUUUGAACUCUAUAUAUGAGGAUUACCAAAAGAAGAAAGUGUUGAGUGAACUUGUAUAGCAUUCAUAAAGAAUGUGAACAGUUACUUUGUUCCUUGACAUAAAUACAGGCAGCAUUCUUCUAUUUGAGCCAAUUGAUGUGAUUUGGAUACUAUGCAGCAUUGAUUAUACUGCCAAAGUCUCGUCUCUCAACACGCCAGGAAGAGGUGUGGAAAGAAAGCUUCAUUAUUCCAGUUUGCCGUUUCCUCCUGAGAAGCGACAUAUAUAUUAAAGGGAAAGACUCCGUAUUUAAACAACUGAAAAAUAAACUCAACCUGUGCCAAUUAUUUACAUUUUAUAUCAAAACAUACAAAUGAAAAAGUUAGGUUUACAUUUAUAAGAUGAGUUAGUUUAUGCUCCGCAUUGUAAUGGAAUCUUCUCAAGAGCUGUAUCAUUUACUUGUUUACUUUGGUUUCAAGACGGUCCCCUCAUAUUUUUUCUCUGCGAUUUGUAUAGAGAUAUAAUUCUCAGCUGCUGGAGUGACGUCUGAUCAUCUGAUGCAGAGUAUUUCAGCCGGCUUGGAUUCUGCCUUAUCUGCAAAAUGUCUCUUUAUCUCACCAGCUAUUUCAACUGAUGUUAGGGGGAUUUGGGAUUGACUCCUAUCUGAUUAUGGAGUCUUGCAGCGGCCAGAGUUAAACGUGAUCAAAUUUCUGAUAAGAUGAAUAAGGCAGUUUCCUAUUAAUAUCGAGUAUUAAUUUUGACAUAUCUCUGAAACAUCAUGUGUUCUGUGUUAACAUUUCUAUUAAAAUUUUAAUUUAGGUCAGGAAUUGGUUGCUGUAGAUCAGAUUCUGUUAGAUAUUUGAUAUUUAUGUAAUUUUUUGAGAAGAAAAAAUGUCCUACCCAUCAAAACUAGUCAUUAUGUACAGUGUAUGUGAGAAAGUGUGAAAGUAAUAAUUGUUUGUGGUACUGCAGUAUAAAUUCAUUUCGGCAUGGAAAAAGUAUGUAUGUAAACAUAAUAGUAUUUAUGCAUUCUUAACAUGUUUCAGACUGAUGGCAUGCCAAAUAUCUUCAAACUAAGAAAAGUGGAACAAGAGUGGUGAAAAUAAGCACAUUUCAUGCACUUUGCAACUGAAUUUUAUAUGGAACUGUAUUGAUAGAAAUUAUCAAUGUGUAUACAAUUCUGGGGAAUGUGCCAAGUCUCUUCUUUAGAUGUGAUAUUUGGUGACAACAAUUUGCAUGCCAUCAGCAACUCGGUUGAAAAUUUCAUGAAGCUCUGAUGAAUACUGUGCAUCAAGGAGCAGUCAUUUUUCUAGUCAACAUUGAAUAUUUGUGUGAGUCCCAUUUGUAUUGCAAGUCAAACGUAUGAAAUGCUAGCUGCAUUUGUUUCCUGCGCUUCCAUAAGUAGGUUUGUGAUAAUUUUGUAUAUUAACAACUAAAAAGAAUGCAUUUUUA